AUGGAAAAAUUAGUAUAUUUCCCAUCAGAAGUGUUGGAAUUGAUAUUUCAGCAGAUGAAUCAUCACAUGGUAUUAAAUUUGAUACCUUUACAUUCUAAAUUUUGUGACAUUGGUCGAAAAAAAUUAUAUAAGUUCAUUCAUAUAUACUUUAAUGAUAGUGAGAUAAAAUCCAUUACUUACACUGGUUGGAGGAUGCAUAAAAACAUUGUAAAUGACUUUACCAAAAAGUACACCAUCAUUGAAUCUUCUAAGUUUUACACAAGCAUGAUCGAGAAUAAAAUUGAUAGAUUUCAAAAGAUUCAACAUCUUAGUAUUGAAAAUGAUGUUUUUUUGGGACACAUAGAUAAACUAUCAAUCGACUUUAAUAGAGCAGCCCCAGCAUUAUUGGAAAGAAUCGUAAAAUAUUUCAAAAAUAUAGACUGUAUUAGUUUUGCUUUAGCAAACAACCAGCUAGAACCAAAUAAAUACAGAAGUUCUAACGAAGCAUUGGAGGCUAUAACUUUUCAGAAACCUAAUAUUUAUCAUGAAUUAUUUGAUCGAGUAUUGGUUUUUGGACUGAAUAAUCCACUAUCAUAUGAUUUCUUGUAUAAUAACCUCAAAAGUUUUAAAUUUCAGUUUGGAUUAGUUCGUAGUAGAAAAAGAAGAUAUCACCAUGGUGACAUUGACCAAGACCUACUAAGAAGUAUUGAUGUAUUUAACAGUAUUAACUUAUUUAAAAACCUUGAGGACUUGCAUCUUGCUUUUAAGGGUUUUAUAAAUUUGAUGGAUCCAUUAUUGCUUGAAAAAUUGAAUAAGAUUGAUUGCAAAUUAAAGACCCUUCAAAUAAUAUUUUGGGGUAAACACAAAGAAUUGAGAGGUAUUCAGAAAAAACGUGAAUUACACAUUAAAGCAAAGCCACGAAAGUGGUUGUUCACAUUAGAUAAAUUUUUUCGUACAGAUGAGAUUACUUCCCUAACAUUAGACCACUAUAGCAAAAAAGAUUACAGAGAUGUUAUCUUUUUUGAAAAAGCUAAUUUCGAAUUUGAGAAAUUUGAAUUUUGGAAAAUACUAGCCAAUGCCAAUUUAUCAAAAUUGAGGAACUUAUGUUUAUCUUCACAGUAUUUGGACUUGAAAUGGAUAGAUGUUUCAAAAUUACAGAAACUAAUAAUACGUACUGAUGUUGCUAAUUAUAUCUUUGCAACUGAAAUCGCCAUGCUAUAUCUUAGUAAUCCAAAUUUAAGAAUAUCCUGGUGGCCACGACUUACAAAUCAAUAUCGCUGUAACAACUUUGAUAAGUUUGAUAACAUUCAAAUCUAUACACCACAUUAUAUCCAAGUAAUAUCAUGUCAAUGGCCAUUAUACUUUUUCAAAAAACUAAAAUCUCAAUUAAAGAGGAGGAGUCAUUUUUCAACAAACUAG